CACUGUUUUUAGGAUAAGACUUACCCUUUAUUUGAAAUAUAAAUUUCAAAAGAAACACAUUCAACUUUUUCCAAAUAUCCUGUUGAAGAUACCACUAUCUGAGACACACUUAAACAUUUUCUAAUGCUCUAGUGAAGAAGGCUUAGAAUAAGAGAGAAAACACUUCCAAGUGUCACAAAAAUCUUAAGGCUUUUAAACGGAUCAAUUAAGAAAGUCUAACAUGGUCAGGUCAAGUGGGACAGGUUGAAGCCCCAGAUAUACCUCAUGUGAAAGUCAUUUGUUUUUCUAGCGUCUGUGUUGGAGGACAGUGGAGCUGUCAGGAGAACGACUGCCCCGGGGUAUGCACAGUGGAGGGGGGGUCCCACAUCACCACUCUCGAUGGAAAAGCCUACACCUUCCAUGGCGACUGUUCAUAUGUCCUUUCUAAGGUGAGUGUGGUCUGAUCAAGGCAACACAUUUGAUCAAUUUGAUCCACUGUCUGUAGUUUUCAAAGAGUAACAUUUGUUUGUUUUUGUUUUUUAAUUCCCUUUAGCAAUGCAAUGGGGAUGAUUUCACGGUUCUUGGAGAUCUGAUGAAGUGUGGCUUAACUGACAGUGAGACCUGUCUAAAGGCUGUGACACUGGCUCUUUCUGGAGAAUCCACUGUGGUUAAAGUGGACCAAAGUGGAAAUGUUGAUGUGAACAGAAUAUAUUCUCAGUUGCCACUGUAUACGGGAGACCUGAGCAUCUUCAAGCCCUCCUCAUUUUACAUUGUCAUUCAGACCAACAUUGGGCUCAGACUAGAGAUCCAACUCGUGCCAAUUAUGCAGGUUUACAUCACUGCCAAAUCCACCUUCCAGGGGCAGACAUGUGGACUGUGUGGGAACUUUAACAACAUUCAAGCUGAUGACUUCACAACCAUCGGUGGACUGAGAGAGGCCACUGCUGUGGGCUUUGCCAACACCUGGAAGACAAGAGCUGGCUGCCCCGAUAUAAAGAAAAGAUUUGAAAAUCCCUGCAGUUUAAGUGUUGAAAAUGAGCGAUAUGCCAAAUACUGGUGCUCCAUGCUAACAGAUCCAGCAGGAGUGUUUUCUCCAUGUCACUCUGAGAUCAGCCCGGAUAUCUACAAAUCAAACUGCAUGUAUGACAGCUGCAACUGUGAGAAGAGUGAGGACUGCAUGUGUGCGGCCCUCUCCUCCUAUGUGCAUGCAUGCGCAGCCAAAGGCAUCCAGCUAAAUGGCUGGAGAAACACGGCCUGCAGUGAGUACUAGAACAGUUUUUGGCAGGUCAUUUUAAUCAUUUAAUAUGAUUAAGAGAAUUUUCUCAGUGCACUAUUGUCAAACACGAACAUAACAUAUAAUCUGGGACCAGCAUCCGUUACAGAGGUGUCUUCUCUCUCUAGGCAAAUACACAACCUCCUGCCCAAGCACCACCGUCUACUCGUACAAGAUGAUGAGCUGUGACCGCACCUGCCGCUCCCUCAG